AUGGCCUUGUGCCUGUUUGGCUGUGUGAGAGAUCGGUAUCCGGCGGUUUAUCUCAAGAAGGUCAAUGAUCCAGGAAGCCAUGGGGAAGUUCCACCAGAUAUAAGCUCCAGCUUUGGGUGGAUGACUGUGUGCUGGAGGCUUCCUGUGGAUGAGAUUGCGAACCACUCGAAUCUGGAUCAUGGGAUGCUGGUCCAAUUCUGCGAUGCAGCUGUCAUGUGCUUUUUGUCGACCGGACUGCCCGCCCUGCUGAUCCUUUGUCCACUUUGCGCCUUGGUGGGAGCUGGCACAGCCAGUAACCUCGGGCUGCUGGGCUUUGCGAACGUGGCUAAAGGUAGCUGGAUCACUUAUCUUUAUCCCAUCUUCGUUUGGUACACCGUGGUCGUCACUCAGGCCUUUAUUUUCAGAGCCCAGCGGGCUUUUGUGGAGCGACGUUACCAAUGGCUUCGGACCAUGACGGAGCCGCGCGCAAACUCUGUAUUGCUUUCCAACCUGCCUGACAAUCUCAUGAAGGAGUCUGCUCUACGGACCUUUUUGGAGGAACAGAUCUUUGGAGCCAGCAACCGUGAAGUUCUGCAAUCUGUGAGCUUUGUGAAGGAUACCAACCAGCUGGACAAGCUCGUUGCGGAGCGUGCUCGCUACAAUGAGGACUUGCAAAAAUUGGUGCAGGGAGAGGUGCAUGAAAGACGAAAAGCAAUUGCCCGGGCCGAAAUGUCCAAGGUGGAGGGACAAGUCGCCAAGCUGCAGGGUAUCAUUGAGCAGAGCGAUGACUAUAACCUGAAUCUUGCGUUUGUGUCCUUCCACGACCGACAUGAUGCAGUGAUUGUGCUGAAGCUCUUUGCACCUGGUGGCAAUGAAGACAUUAUCGCAGAGCUUCCACCAGACACUGAUGAUGUCAUUUGGAAUGACUUGCGACCUUCCCAAUCGCAAUGGCUGUAUGAUUUCACCGGCUACUUCCUGCUGGCGUUUGUCUUUGUGAUUUUUGUACCCCUGGUGGCCUACAACGCCAGCUUUACAGAGGUUGCAGUUUGGGAGAAGAACGAUAGCAACGUGAAAUCGUUCAUGAACCUCUAUCCAGUUGUUGCAGUCUUUUCCGAUGCGAUCGUUGCACCCCUGGUGCUGAUCUUCCUAAUGGGAAUUCUUUGCUCAAUAAUUGCCUCAAUCUUGGUGAACUUCUUCGUUUUGAAGGCACGAGGAAUCUUGCAGCACUUGGUCCAGAGAUGGUACUAUGUCUACUUGGUGAUUUUUGUUCUGUUCCUUACUGCUGUGGGCAAGUCUCUCACCAACAGUUUGGGUGACUUGUUCAAGGAUCCCAAGGAAAUCCCGAAGGUGUUAGCCGAGAGCUUUGCCGACUGCACCCUUUUUUACAUGGACUUUAUCGUCCUGACGUGCUGCAUAUAUGCGCUCGCACUUCUUCGACUGAUGCCGCUCUAUCGGUACAGAAUACACAGUUGUGUUUACGAGGAUCGGAUUGCCAUAGCAAAGUCGGAACCAGAGGAUCAGGAUUAUAAUGGAAUGGGGGCUCGCAGUGCGCGACUGAGCCUAUGCUAUGUUGUGGUCCUCAUCCUGGGUACGCUGGCACCUGUGAUCACCAUACUUGGUGCUAUCCUUUUUGCAAUUUGCCGUAUAGUCUUCACGUAUCUGUUCGUUUACGCAGAAACACUCAAGCCGGACCUUGGGGGUCUCUUUUGGCACCAGCAGCUGAAACAUGUGCAGCUGGGGACCUUCUUGUACAUAGCCCUCAUGACAGUGUUGCUGCUGCAACGGGCUCCCAACUACAUCCCAGGAGUACUUUGCGGUUCGAGUGUGCUUUUCAUGGCCUUUUCGUACUAUACAUUCCUUCACAAGUUUCGAUGGGAGCAGCUUGAGUUCAGCGAGAUUCCCGCCAAAGUUAGCGAAGGUGCUCCAGAGAUCCCCCGUGUUUACGGCCACUACAAACAGCCUGAACUGCCUCCGCCAAAGUCAAAAGAGAACUUGAAGCUGCAGCGUGCAGCCACAACGAUGCGUGCCAGGGUGGACGCCUGCUGCGAUGUGGGGCCCCAACGGCGCGAGAAGAGGGAUAUGUCGCGGCACAAGACGAUGCCUUAG